AUGCUGUUGCAAAGCGGCGCCUGGCCAUCUCAGCUUGACAGCACCCGCAGACUCAGCGCGACAUUCUUGAUAAUGCUUCCUAUUACUCCCAUCAGGUGUUCAAGGACAGUAGCGAAGACAGGGCUUCAGCCCGAUCUGAAAGAGGAUAUGGAGGGAGACUCGCAGGAAGCGCUUCGUCCUUUCAUCGAGGCUGAAAGGGAGUUUGUGCAGCGGCAGUCUGCUGGCGAUCACGAUGGCGCCGUUCAGUGUCUGGAAGCCGUGCUGCGGGCAGAGCAGGCAACUGUGCAGCAGAUGCCUGACACCAUGUUAUCGACGCUCUUCGAGCGGCUGGCCAUAGGCUACAACACCCUCGGAAUGAAGCACUUGAAGGACAACAACACAGAGGUUUCCUGCAAGUUUUUCGAGAAAGCAGAAGCGCUUACAGACCCAGCCAAUCUGCAUAUGAAUGCUGAGUCUCGCCUCGUCUUGAGAGCAGUGACCUACAACAACAUGGGCUGCUUCUACAAGAGCUUUGGAAAGCUUCAUACGGCUCUGCAGUACUUGAAGAAAGCUCAGAGAAUCGAGGAGCAGUCAAGGGGCAGAUGCCAAAAUCCAGCAGGUACGCACUUGAACUUGUGUGCGCUGUUGUCGCAGAUGGGCAAGCAUCAAGAGGCGCUGCAGCAUGCAGACAAAGCUCUAAAGAAGCUAGAGGCCGCUCAGAAGCAGUCUCAGCCACCGGAGGGUGGUAGUCUUCCACCUGUCGCCGGGAGCACCAAUAGCGAAAGCUUGAUUUGCGUUGCGUAUUUCAACAUGGGGGCAGAGUACGAGCAUUUAAAGAAGCCUGCAGAAGCUCUGUGGCACUACCAAAGAGCUCACGACAGUUGUUUGCAAGAGCUUGGUGAAGAGCAUCCCUUGAGUCAGCAAAUCUCCGCGUGCGUGGAGCAGUUGAAGGAAAGGUCGACGACCUGA